AUGACCAAGACAAAGGUUGACGCUGGUUCUCCAACUCAUUUCGUUUCGGCCAAGGAAAAACGGCUUAGGAGUAAAAUGGAAACGGAAAGCGGGCCCGAAGCUGGCGCGGUCGUGCAAGCGCCUCCGAUCGAGAAAAAGAAACCGCAUCGCGCUCCCUCGCCUGCAAGACCCAAAGACGUGCCAGGAUGGUCCAUCACCAAGAUCCGUGGAGGGAUCGGUGCACCCACGCUGAGUGUAAAACCAGGGGCGAUUCAUUUAGGAAGCAGGGUGUCCAGACGCAGCCCAGCCAGUGGUAAAGACACUAAGGGAGAAAGAGUUGGAAAAGCAGUGGGAAGAUCCGCGCUUGCUGCGCUCACUGCUCAGAAAAGCAGCUUAAAAUCAAACAAGGCCGCUCGGAGGAAAGUAUCAGAUGCUAGUAUCGCGUCGGAUGAUUUGAGCAAAGACUCGGGCAAAGAGUCUGGCAAAUUAUCUCCGACCGACAGCAGUUCUGAGCUGUCCGAUUGCGCCUCGGAGGAAAACAAGCUUUUCAUGGACGCGCUGAGCAGUGAUACAGAAACCAGCAGCCGUGGCGGUGCAGCCGAGAGUGAGAAAGGGAGAAACGUGCUGGGGGAGAACCAGGCAAAAACUAACGUAAGGCGGUUAUCGUUAGAAGUAGACGCCGGGCAGGAUAGCAUGUCUCCGGGAGACGAGCGCUCCUUUACCUCGCUCGACAGUCGCAUGCCUGCUAGCACAUCCUUAGCGUUUUCUGACCUGACCGAGGAGUUAACGGAAGGAAUACACGAGGAAUACCUGAGAGAAAUCGAAGAACUGAGGUCGGAAAACGACUAUUUAAAGGAUGAGGUUGAGGAGCUGCGUUCUGAGAUGCUGGAGAUGAGAGACAUGUACAUGGAAGAGGACGUCUACCAGCUACAGGAGCUAAGGCAGCAGCUGGAGCAGUCCAACAAGACUUGCCGCAUCCUUCAAUACCGGCUUCGCAAGGCUGAGAGACGUAGCCUGCGCGUUGCUCAGACUGGCCAAGUUGACGGUGAACUCAUCCGCACCUUGGAACAAGAUGUCAAGGUGACAAAAGACGUUUCCAUCCGCUUGCACAAUGAGCUGGAGGCUGUGGAGAAAAAAAGGACGCAUUUGGAGCAAGAAAACGAGGAACUUCAGGUGAAGCUCCAGGAUCUGGAGGUGGCCAAGCAGGUGCUGCAGGCUGAGCUAGAAAAGAGCAGAGAGCUGAAUACCGACCUCAGGGCAGGUCAGGGCAAAAUCCAAAACUUCAGCGCGUCCUCAGGGUUGGCCUCGUCCGUUACAACUCAACUCAGAGAAGUGCGCAUGCGCGGUGACAGAACGUACUCUGAGCUUCUGAUGCUGUUCUCUUCUUUGCUUCGUUCAGACAACUCAGAUAUUUUAGUUGGCUCUACUCAAAAUUGGUCGCCACUAGAUGUGGGCAACUCGGUGUUCACUAGGGGCUCGAAAAUCAGUUCUCGGUUGCUAUGUAAUUCUUUAAAAAAACGAAGUGCAAGGCCAAACAACAAACCUGAAAAGAAGAUGUCACCCCAGCCUCCAGAGGAUAGCUCUGACCUUAAGUGUCAGCUGCAUUUUGCCAAGGAGGAGUCAGCACUAAUGUGCAAGAAGCUUACCAAGAUGGUGAAGGACAAUGAGACUAUGAAGGAAGAACUGGCAAAGUAUCAUUCCCUUUAUGGUGAUGUGGACACCUCACUUACCAUUGAAGAGGUUGCCGACUCACCUCAUACUCGCGAAGCUGAGGUCAGAGCUCACCUAAAACUGGUUGAGGAGGAGGCCAACCUGCUGAGUCGUCGGAUUGUAGAACUGGAGGUGGAGAACCGUGGCCUUCAUGCAGAAAUGGAUGACCUGAAAAUCCAGGAGACCCCUGGAGGCAUGACACACACUACAGGGGUUGGCCAGCUGCUGCUUUCUCCUUCGGCUGAAAGUGUCAUGGAGAUGCAGCGUCACCUUCAAUUUGUGGAGGAAGAGGCAGAGCUGCUGAGGCGGUCACUGAUCGAGAUGGAGGAGCAAAACAAGCUACUGAUGAACGAACUAAAUCGCUUCAAGUCUGAAAUUCCGUCCAGUGCUGAUAUUGAGUCCUCAUUACCAUCCACUAUUCUUCCUCCCUUCAUUGUUCCGAAGAUUACCAACCCAGAAGAAGACAUUCUGAAUGAGGCAUCUCAUGAAGAGCUUCUGGCAGCCAGGUUGCAGAUUAGCGAUCUGAGCGGCAAGGUGCAAAAGCUUCAGUAUGAAAACCGAAUUUUACUGUCUAACCUUCAGAGCUGCAAUCUGGUCUCUAGGCACAUGGAAUCUCAACAAGCCAUGGAGACAGAUGCAGAAGCAAUAGACUCAGACGAGUAUGUGUCUAACCCAGAGCAGCAUAAAGGCCCCAUUGGAGGUGAAGGCAACCAGUUUCUGGAGGACAAAUGUGAGAAGUUAACAGGAAAUAACCAUUUUGUUUCUGAGCAGUGUCUCAGCAUCAAAGAGCUUUUGGCCAUUCGUGACCAAGCCCAGCUUGUUACCUCAGCAAUUCAGCUACUCACAUCUGCCAAAUCUAACUGCCUGACCAGCUCAUUAGAUUCAAUGUUACAUAAAAUCACAAACGGGGCAGAUGCAGAAGUAGGAUUACUGGAGAAAUCCCAGGAACAUAGUUACUAUCUGGCCCUAGUGGAGGCCCUUCACAGUAAGCUCCAGUUUCUACAGGCCCAACUUCAGGUGCUCAAUCAGAAGAUGGAGGGCCUGGGAGAAUCCCUUGAGAAAAAACAGAAUGAAGAAAUUAUCCCAAUGCCUCCCUGCGCUGCAGAUACUCAGGUCAACCAGAUCACAGCUCAACAGAAUCUGCUAGAGCAGGUUAAAGAUCUUCAGGCUCAACUGUGUGAGGCCAAAGAGAAGGCUAAGAAAGCACAAGAGGAGUUCGCACUAGAGAGCCAAGUGCAUCAAGAUUACACACAAUCCUGCUCCAAAAAACUUUCUCAGCUGCAUGAAGAGCACCAGAAGAUGCUGGUGCAUCGGAACUUCCAGCUGCAGAGUGUGAGUCUGCAAACACGGCUGCAGCAGAAAUUUUGGAGCCAGGAAAAGAAUGUGCUGUUACAGGAGUCCCAGCAGCUCAAGCAAUGCUUACGGUUGGUCAGUCUCAAACUGCGCUGGCUCCUCAAGCAGUGGAAGCUUGGAAAGCAAAUGGAUACAGAGGGCAAGGGCAUGCUAGAGAUUAACAGCAUUAAGGAUCUUCACCUGCCUUUAAAAGAUGAUGGCCUUGCGCCUCAUCAUGGGGACAAGAAGCUGACAGCUGCAGAGGAGCAGCAACCAAGUCUCACAAGCAUAAAUCACACCCUUCCAGAAAAUAUCCAUCUCCAGCAGUCCAGUGAUUUAAAUGAAACUUUGUCAGACCUAAAAUUGGCACUGCAGGAUUUGAGCACAGAGUUGCAAGAAGAAAGUCAGGGUUUCCAGGAGCUAACACAGCAGUUUGCCCGAGCCAAAGCCUCAUGGGAGGUUGAGCGCACAGAGCUCAAAAGUUAUAUCACUCAGCUGGAGGGUAAGGCACCAAAGACUAAUGCAGCUGCCACUAACAAGGAUGCCCCAGAUCUGAAGGCAAUGAAGAGAGAGCGCGAAGAGCACAAGCACCUGCUGGCUGACUCGUAUGCUGCAGUGAUGGAUCUAACCAAGCAGCUGCAGAUCAGCGAAAGGAACUGGAGCAGGGAAAAGCUGGAGCUCCUUGAGCGCUUCAAUCAGGAAAGAAACCAGUGGGAGCAGAGGCUUUGUGAUGUCCAGAACAAAGACGCACAGGUUCUCGAUGACAAAGACUCAUGUGCAACCACAAAUAGAACCAUGCUGGGAUCUCAAACAAUUUCUCCAUUGUCAGACCUUAAAAGUCUGCUGGAUACUAAUUCUUUCCUUCCAGGACAGGAGAUCAAUGGAAUUCCUGAAGAGAAAGCUGUAAAGCCCCAAUUAAUUGGCCUUACAGCCCAGACAGACUUAGUUGACCUCAACCACAAGAACUGGAAGUAUCUAAGUAAUGAGAUGGCCUAUCUGGAGAAGCCUGAACCAUUCAAAACUUGGGACUGCCCCAGUGCAAGCCUACCUGAAUUGAAACUAAGUGUUGACAAUGUACAAAGGAGUUACACUGCCCCAGACAAAACGGGUAUCCGUAUCUACUACAGUCCCCCGACCAUCAGAAGGAUAGAGAGAAAAACUGCCAAAGAAUCAGUCUCAGAGCAGGUCCAGCCAGGGCUCAAGUCUCAGGGUGCAAUCAUCCCAGAACAAGUGGGAUUGGCCUUUGCAGCACCAUCUUCAUCUCUACCCUCAUUGUCCUCAUAUGAGCAUUGGCUUAGCUCAUUAUCCCAGCAGCGCAGGGACUUGCUAAAGGGCAGGGCUGGCAGCUCUGGGCCCUUCCACACCCUUGAAAUUUCAGCAAAUCUAAGUGACGAUAUGAAGGAGAUGACCAACUGCGUGCGGCAGGCAAUUCGCUCCAGCUCUCUGGAAAGAAAGUGCAGCAAAGACACUGGGAGUCAAACAGUGGGUUUUACCAGCACUGGAACACAGACGGCUCAGUUUGUUAGUGUUGGCCUGCAGACAGAGGGUCCAGUCUCCUUGACCUCCAGAGGGGCAGGUCUUCAUGGGAAAAUAUGGUCUCCUCGCCCUUCUACGUCUCUCAGCUCUGCGCGAUCUCGGCAGAUCUCCACAUCUCUGGAAAAGGUACACAAUCGCAUUGACCGACCUUGCUGCUCUCCAAAAUAUGGCUCACCCAAGUUAACAAGAAGGGUCUCCACCUCAUCUUCUAAGCUAGAAACAUCCUCCACCUCCUCCAGAGACCGGAAUGCAUGGAACCUGUCAAAUCGUGGCAUCACCCAAAAUGGAUCUGCAUGGGCUCGUUCCACCACAACCCGUGACAGCCCUGUUCUCAGUGGCCUUAAUGAUGGUCUAUCAAGCCUGUUCAACGUGGUGGAACACACCUCCAGCAUGGAGUCCCUCUGGAGGGGUGACACAUGCCCUGGAAAGCAGGCUGCAGGCAAGCCCUCCUGCCCCAGUGUUCGAUUUGGUGUUGGUGAUCCCGCAACACAUAAAUACGGCAUUGUGCAGGAGUUCUUUCAAAACGUGUGUGGAAGAACAGAACCUGCAGAGAAAACUGGAGCCAUAGAUGAGCCCAAACCUGAGUGUCUCAGUGGUUAUCUGAUUGGCACAGACAGUAUUACUAGGAUAGUGAAUAAAAGAUUCAUGAGACAAACACAGCGGGAAGAUACAGUGGUUAGUGCCAGUAGCCUGGAGGACUCUUGUGAAUGUGCCCCGCAGUCCCCCACCUCUUGUUUCACUCGCACCUCCCGUUCCACUGUUCAUCUUACUCACAGCCAGUGCAAGCACCAUGUACAGGAGUCAGCAAAUGAAGAGAGAUUAGAUCCCAGUAAUGGGAAAGAGUGAUUGGCAAGAGUGUGUGGCUUUUCAUACUUCUUUUAAACAUAUUUACACAGUUACUGCUUACAGACAUCCACUCAAAGGCACUGCCAUGCCUAAACUUGCACAUACAGUGCGUAAUAUUUAAAAUCCCACAGGCCACUGUAGAAUAUCUGUCUGGACAGUUUGAAGAACCUGAGAUCAGCACAAGGAGAAUUGCCAAGGACAAAUCCUCAACACUCAACAAGCAUUUCUUCUUCUUACACUUGCCAUUAAUUAUACAACCAGCAUUUAACAGCUCAGCUCUGCCUUUUUAAUUCACUGGACUCUGGACAGUCUUAACCACUCAGCCCAAACAUGUCACAAAGUACACGGGGAUCAACUUCAAAAAUAACAGCAGUAAUUAGGAAGCAGCUUUUUUGUCUCAGUAGAUUUGAUUCUAAAGAGGAGAGCUGCACUUCACAAGUUAAUUAAAAAGUCACUUUUCCAGAGGCAAACCAA